ACACGGCCAGUGCUCCAGCAUCACUAUAGCUUACAUUGUAGCAUGGAUCAUCUUGCAUAUUUGAUAUUCGAUAUUGUUUGGAUAGCCAAAUCGUGGUUCCAGCUGAUUCAUAUAUGGGGCGCAUCUGGGAAUGUCCUUGUCUGUCGCAAUGCAUCCAUAGACACCCAGAUCACGCAACAAGCCCACGCCCGGUUAGUGCCAGCCCAUGGUGUGUACCCGGUUCUGGUGGCAGUCAUCUGUGCCAACUGUGCACCUGUCGAUAAUGGCAAUGAACUGAACAAGCUCAUUUCCAAGAUUCCCGGUCCGAUUCAAGAUCUAAUUAGUGACCCAUGUUUAUUAAGGAAGGACGCGCCCGCACACAAUUGUAUGCGUGGUAAAAUACCCGAUUACGAUCCCACUAUUACCCAGCCCAAUUAUACCAAUUGUACAAUUGAUGAACAAAGUGUUCUUGGUGGUAAAGAGGAUCGGGCAGUGACUUACAUGAAUGAAAAUAUGUGUAAAACAUUUCAAUACACCCCGGCUGUAUUGUUGGUGGUGGCUCAUAGCGCCUACAAUACACAGUUUCCGAGCAAGUUCCUGGCUGAAGGAACCAAGGAUGUUAUUGCUGAUUUGACUAAAGAUUUGCAUAAUGAUCCGUGUUUUAAUAAAAUUUACACGGAUGUCAUAUCAUGCUUUAAAAACAAAGUACCCAAUUACAACCCGAAAGAAACUGAUCCCAAGUACACUUGUUGUGUCAUAUGGAACGAGAUCGAUUGCAUAGCAGCAUCUGCAAAAAUGCCAACAUGCUUAGGCAUUGAGAUGUUAGCAUUGACAACUAUAGAGACAAAAUUGGAGGCGGCUUUGGAGGCAACCGGAAAAGCGUGUGAAAAGCAUAAAUUCGCCUCUGAUCAUGCCAAGUGCCCAAUGGAAUAG